GGACUAAACACAGGAAGAGGGAGGAUGGCGACGGCUCUCAGGUUGACAGCAAACAUGUGGCUGGCAAGACCCUGGCGGUGCCUGCACAGGACUAGAGCAAUGGGCACCACGGCAACACUGGCCCCCAAGACACUGCAGCCCUUUGAAGCCAUACCACAGUACUCCAGGAACAAGUGGCUGAAGAUGAUACAGAUCCUGAGGGAGCAGGGCCAAGACAACCUACACCUGGAGAUGCAUCAAGCCUUCCAGGAGUUGGGGCUCAUUUUCAGGCACAGUGUAGGAAGAACACAGAUAGUGUCUGUGAUGCGGCCAGAGGAUGCGGAGAAGCUGUACCAGGUGGAGAGUACAUAUCCUUGCCGCAUGCCCUUGGAAUCCUGGGUGGCCCACAGAGAACUCCGUGGCCUGAGACGUGGUGUGUUCUUGCUAAAUGGGGCAGAAUGGCAUUUCAACCGACUGCAGCUGAACCCAAAUGUGCUGUCACCAAAAGCCGUUCAAAAAUUUUUCCCUUUGGUGGAUGGAGUAGCAAGGGAGUUUGUGGAUAACCUGAAGAGGAAGAUGCUGGAGAGUGUCCAUGGAAGCUUCUCCAUGGAGUUUCAGUCCAGUGCGUUCAACUAUACCAUAGAAGCCAGCCACUUUGUUCUUUUUGGGGAGCGGCUGGGCCUCAUUGGCUGUGACCUGAGCCCUGGCAGUCUGAAGUUCAUCCACGCCCUGCAUUCCAUGUUCAAAACCACCACACAGCUCAUGUUCUUGCCCAGGAGCCUGACUCGAUGGACAAGCACCCAGGUGUGGAAAGAAAACUUUGAGUCCUGGGAUUUCAUCUCUGAGUAUGUCACCAAAUGUAUCAUGAACGUGUAUCAAGAGCUGGCAAAGGGUCACCCACAAUCCUGGAGUGUCAUAGGAGAGCUGGUAGCCGAGAAUGCUCUGUCAAUGGAUGGGAUCCAGGCCAACUCAUUGGAACUUAUUGCUGGAAGUACUGACACGACAGCAAUCCCCUUGGCAAUGACCCUUUUCGAGCUGGCUCGGAACCUGGAUGUUCAGCAGGCCCUGCGGCAGGAAAGCAUGGCAGCUGAGGCCAGCAUCGCUGCAAAUCCCCAGAAGGCCUUGUCAGACCUGCCCUUGCUGAGGGCUGCCCUUAAAGAGACCUUGAGGCUCUAUCCUGUUGGUAUUUUUUUGGAGAGAAUUCUAAGCUCAGACUUGGUGCUUCAGAACUAUCACAUCCCUGCUGGGACAGUCCUCAAUGUGAAUCUCUACUCCAUGGGCCGAAACCCUGCAGUGUUCCCAAGACCUGAACGUUAUAUGCCUCAGCGCUGGCUGGAGAGGAAAAGGAGUUUUCAGCACUUGGCCUUUGGCUUUGGGGUGCGCCAGUGCCUGGGGAGGCGCCUGGCAGAGGUGGAGAUGCUGCUCCUGCUUCACCAUGUGCUGAAAUCCUUCCAUUUGGAGACACAAGAGAAAGAGGAUGUGCAGAUGGCCUACCACUUCGUUUUGAUGCCCAUCUCCAGUCCCCUCCUCACUUUCAGGCCUGUCAACUAGUCACACAGCCCUUUUCUUUUAGUGUCCCAAGAUGUCAGUAGCCUUCUCCCAUUCUGAUGACACACUACCCCUCUUUUUUCUUCCUUAGAGUGCUAUGCCUGUAGCCAUGGUUAGCCCCUUGUCUAGGAUCUUACAGGUUGUAAUUCAAGGCCAGGGAAUGGCUCUGUAGAAUUACUGUUCCCUAACUGUCACCUCCUGUGGUCAUCCAAAUGAGCCCAUAUGCUGGCUUCUUGUCUGGUUCCAAUCAUCCUUGUCACUCUCUCCCUUCCCCCUCUCUUAAAAUUUCUUUGUCUGAAUUGUUUGAACGUUGUACAAGAGGAACCCAACAUCAGUAAGGACAUCUCACUUCAGCAGUGAAAACCCAUGACCACUCCUGACACAUUGUCAUGUGUGAGGGAAGACAGAACCAGCCAUGCAACUAAUGUAUAUGUUGCACACCCUAGAUGUCAUAUGGGACGACUCAGACCUCACAGGUACAGUGAAUGCUCAGUGAUCAUUCUCC